AUGAUAACGGCGACAGACUUUUACCACGUUAUGACGGCGAUGGUUCCGUUAUACGUAGCCAUGAUCCUCGCUUACGGCUCCGUUAAAUGGUGGAAAAUCUUCACACCAGACCAAUGCUCCGGUAUCAACCGUUUCGUCGCUCUAUUCGCCGUACCUCUCCUCUCAUUCCAUUUCAUCGCCGCAAACAACCCUUACGCCAUGAACCUCCGUUUCCUCGCCGCAGAUUCCCUCCAAAAAAUCAUCGUCCUCUCUCUCCUCUUCCUCUGGUGCAAACUCAGCCGCAACGGUUCUCUAGACUGGACAAUAACUCUCUUCUCUCUCUCGACUCUCCCCAACACACUCGUCAUGGGGAUUCCUCUCCUUAAAGGCAUGUACGGCGAUUUCUCCGGCGACCUUAUGGUUCAAGUCGUUGUUCUUCAGUGUAUCAUAUGGUACACACUCAUGCUCUUUUUAUUCGAGUACCGUGGCGCGAAGCUUUUAAUCUCCGAGCAGUUUCCGGACACAGCUGGUUCUAUUGUCUCGAUUCAUGUUGAUUCCGACAUUAUGUCUUUGGAUGGUCGGCAACCACUUGAGACUGAAGCUGAGAUUAAAGAAGAUGGGAAGCUUCAUGUUACUGUUCGGAGAUCAAACGCGUCGAAGUCUGAUAUAUACUCGAGAAGGUCACAAGGGUUAUCUGCGACUCCUCGAGCUUCGAAUCUAACCAACGCGGAGAUUUAUUCGUUACAGAGCUCUAGAAACCCAACGCCACGUGGCUCGAGUUUUAACCAUACUGAUUUUUACUCGAUGAUGGCUUCUGGUGGUGGUGGUCGGAACUCGAACUUUGGUCCCGGAGAAGCUGUGUUUGGUUCUAAAGGACCAACUCCACGACCUUCUAACUACGAGGAAGACGGUGGUGCUAAACCGACGGCUGCCGGAACUAACGCCGGAGCUGGGAGGUUUCAUUACCAAUCCGGUGGUAGUGGUGGUGGAGGAGCGCAUUAUCCGGCGCCGAAUCCGGGGAUGUUCUCGCCGCAGACCGGUGGUGGUACGGCGGUGAAGGGAAACGCUCCGGUGGCUGGUGGAAAGAGAGGGAAUGGUCAAGCUGACGGAAACGGAAGAGAUCUUCAUAUGUUUGUUUGGAGCUCAAGUGCUUCACCGGUCUCCGACGUGUUCGGUGGAGGAGGAAACCACCACGCCGAUUACGCCGGAGCUACGAACGAUCAUCAUAAAGACGUUAAGAUCUCUGUACCUCAGGGGAAUAGUAACGACAACCAGUACGUGGAGAGAGAGGAGUUUAGUUUCGGUAAUAAAGAUGAUGAUAGUAAAGUGUUGGCUACGGACGGUGGAAACAACAUAAGCAACAAGACGCAACCAAAGGUUAUGCCUCCAACAAGUGUAAUGACAAGACUCAUACUCAUUAUGGUUUGGAGGAAACUUAUUCGCAACCCAAACACUUACUCCAGUUUAUUCGGCAUCACUUGGUCCCUCAUUUCCUUCAAGUGGAACAUUGAAAUGCCAGCUCUUAUAGCAAAGUCUAUCUCCAUACUCUCAGAUGCAGGUCUAGGCAUGGCUAUGUUCAGUCUUGGGUUGUUCAUGGCUUUAAACCCAAGAAUUAUAGCUUGUGGGAACAGAAGAGCAGCUUUUGCGGCGGGUGUGAGAUUUCUCGUCGGACCUGCAAUCAUGGCCGUCGCGUCUCUCGCCGUCGGCCUCCGUGGCGUCCUCCUCCACGUCGCCAUCAUCCAGGCAGCUUUGCCACAAGGAAUUGUACCGUUUGUGUUCGCCAAGGAGUAUAAUGUGCAUCCUGAAAUUCUUAGCACUGCGUAA